AUGGAGAACUUAAUACGGGGAAGGAAUCCCCCACAAUAUCAGAGAAGUCCUUGUAAAGAAGUUCGUGCAGCACUUCGGAAGAGGCCUGAAGAGGAGUUGCAGUGCCUGGAGAUGACCACCAAGCGGAAAAUCAUUGGCCGUCUGGUGCCGUGCCGAUGUUUCCGAGGUGAAGAAGAAAUCAUCUCAGUUUUAGAUUACUCCCACUGCAGCCUUCAGCAGGUGCCAAAGGAGGUUUUUAACUUUGAACGGACAUUAGAGGAGCUUUACCUAGAUGCCAAUCAAAUUGAAGAGCUACCAAAGCAAUUGUUCAACUGUCAAGCUCUAAAAAAGCUAAGUAUUCCUGACAAUGACCUUUCAAAUCUGCCAACCACUAUCGCUAGUUUAGUAAACCUUAAAGAACUCGACAUCAGUAAAAAUGGUGUACAAGAAUUUCCAGAAAACAUAAAGUGCUGUAAGUGUUUAACAAUUAUUGAAGCCAGUGUCAAUCCCAUUUCUAAACUCCCUGAUGGCUUCACGCAGCUUCUAAAUCUGACCCAGCUCUACCUGAAUGAUGCCUUUCUUGAAUUUCUUCCAGCCAAUUUUGGAAGACUUGCCAAAUUGCGGAUAUUGGAGUUAAGAGAAAAUCACUUGAAAACUCUACCAAAGUCAAUGCACAAACUGGCCCAGUUGGAAAGACUUGACCUAGGCAAUAAUGAAUUCAGUGAGCUGCCUGAAGUUCUGGAUCAAAUACAAAAUUUAAGGGAGCUGUGGAUGGAUAACAAUGCAUUGCAAGUGCUACCUGGGUCUAUAGGGAAGUUAAAGAUGUUGGUAUACCUGGAUAUGUCAAAAAACAGAAUAGAAACUGUUGACAUGGAUAUUUCUGGAUGUGAAGCCCUGGAGGACCUCUUACUAUCAUCCAAUAUGUUGCAACAGUUGCCUGACUCUAUAGGGUUGUUGAAAAAACUAACUACUCUAAAAGUAGAUGACAAUCAACUUACGAUGCUACCCAAUACAAUCGGAAAUUUAUCUUUAUUAGAAGAAUUUGACUGUAGCUGUAAUGAACUGGAGUCUCUACCUUCUACUAUUGGCUACCUUCACAGUCUUCGAACGUUAGCAGUCGAUGAGAACUUUCUUCCAGAACUGCCCAGAGAAAUUGGAAGCUGUAAGAAUGUAACAGUCAUGUCUCUACGCUCCAAUAAGCUGGAAUUUCUUCCUGAAGAAAUUGGACAGAUGCAGAAACUGAGAGUCUUAAAUCUGAGUGACAACAGAUUGAAGAAUUUACCAUUCUCAUUUACCAAACUGAAGGAGCUUGCAGCUUUGUGGCUUUCUGACAAUCAGUCCAAAGCCCUUAUCCCUUUACAAACUGAAGCCCAUCCAGAAACAAAGCAAAGAGUAUUGACUAACUACAUGUUUCCCCAGCAACCUCGUGGUGAUGAAGAUUUCCAGUCAGACAGUGACAGCUUUAACCCCACACUAUGGGAAGAACAGAGACAACAACGCAUGACUGUUGCCUUUGAAUUUGAAGAAAAAAAGGAAGAUGAUGAAAAUGCUGGGAAAGUUAAGGAUCACUCCUGCCAAGCCCCCUGGGAAAGGGGCCAGCGUGGGAUUACUCUCCAACCUGCCAGACUGUCUGGCGAUUGCUGCACACCAUGGGCCAGGUGUGAUCAGCAGAUCCAAGAAAUGCCUGUCCCCCAGAAUGACCCACAGCUGGCAUGGGGUUGUAUAAGUGGCCUCCAGCAGGAAAGGAGCAUGUGCACUCCAUUGCCAGUUGCAGCACAAUCUACCACUCUUCCCUCUCUAAGUGGCAGACAGGUUGAAAUAAACCUAAAACGAUAUCCAACUCCUUAUCCAGAGGAUUUAAAGAAUAUGGUAAAAUCUGUUCAAAAUCUGGUGGGUAAACCAAGCCAUGGAGUGCGUGUUGAAAAUUCAAAUCCAACUGCUAACACGGAGCAAACUGUGAAAGAAAAAUAUGAACACAAGUGGCCUGUAGCCCCAAAGGAGAUUACAGUGGAGGAUUCUUUUGUUCAUCCAGCUAAUGAAAUGAGGAUUGGGGAACUUCACCCUUCAUUAGCUGAGACCCCUCUGUACCCACCCAAACUUGUUCUGCUAGGGAAGGACAAAAAAGAAUCAACUGAUGAAUCUGAAGUUGACAAAACUCACUGUCUGAAUAACAGUGUUUCCUCAGGCACUUACUCAGACUACUCACCUUCCCAGGCUUCCUCAGGAUCCUCUAACACCCGGGUUAAAAUGGGGUCCUUGCAGACAACAGCUAAAGACGCAGUACAUAAUUCUUUGUGGGGUAACAGGAUUGCACAAUCUUUCCCACAGCCUCUUGAUGCAAAGCCAUUACUCAGCCAGCGGGAGGCUGUCCCCCCAGGGAACCUACCACAGCGUCCUGACCGGCUGCCAAUGAGUGACGCAUUCACAGACAACUGGACCGAUGGCUCCCAUUAUGAUAACACGGGGUUCGUUGCCGAGGAGACCACAGGCGAGAAUGCCAACAAUAAUCCCCUCCUGAGUUCAAAAGCUAGAAGCACAUCUUCUCAUGGACGCAGGCCUUUGAUUAGGCAGGAUAGGAUUGUUGGUGUUCCCCUGGAACUUGAGCAGUCUACACACAGACACACACCAGAAACAGAAGUGCCUCCUUCCAAUCCUUGGCAGAAUUGGACCAGAACCCCUAGUCCUUUUGAAGACAGGACUGCUUUCCCUUCCAAAUUAGAGACAACUCCUACCACCAGCCCAUUGCCUGAAAGGAAAGAACAUAUAAAAGAAGCUACUGAAAUCCCUAGUCCUUUUUCUCCAGGAGUACCGUGGGAGUAUCACGAUUCUAAUCCCAACAGGAGUCUCAGUAAUGUUUUUUCUCAAAUCCACUGCCGCCCAGACUCUUCUAAAGGUGUUAUUUCGAUUAGCAAAAGCACAGAGAGGCUUUCCCCACUAAUGAAAGAUAUCAAGUCCAAUAAAUUCAAAAAGUCACAGAGUAUCGAUGAGAUUGACAUUGGUACAUACAAGGUUUAUAAUAUACCAUUAGAAAACUAUGCUACUGGGAGUGAUCACUUAGGAAGUCAUGAACGACCUGACAAAAUGUUGGGACCAGAGCAUGGUAUGACCAGUAUGUCUCGAAGCCAGUCAGUCCCGAUGCUGGAUGAUGAGAUGCUCACCUACGGAAGCAGUAAAGGGCCUCAACAACAGAAAGCAUCCAUGACCAAAAAAGUCUAUCAGUUUGACCAAAGCUUCAAUCCCCAAGGAGCGGUGGAAGUUAAAGCGGAAAAGAGGAUACCGCCCCCUUUCCAACACAAUUCUGAGUACGUGCAACAACCCGGGAAAAACAUCGCCAAGGAUUUGGUUAGUCCUCGAGCUUACCGAGGAUACCCACCAGUGGAGCAAAUGUUUUCAUUUUCUCAGCCAUCUGUUAAUGAAGAUGCUGUGGUCAAUGCCCAGUUUGCAAGUCAAGGCGCCAGGGCAGGCUUCUUGAGAAGAGCUGACUCCCUGGCGAGCUCUACAGAAAUGGCCAUGUUUAGAAGGGUCAGUGAACCUCAUGAGCUAACUCCGAGUGAUAGGUAUGGCCGACCUCCGUAUAGGGGUGGUCUGGAUCGCCAAAGCAGCGUUUCAGUGACUGAGUCCCAGUUCCUGAAAAGGAAUGGCAGGUAUGAAGAUGAACACCCUUCAUAUCAAGAAGUGAAAGCUCAGGCGGGAAGUUUUCCAGUUAAAAACCUUACCCAAAGGAGGCCAUUGUCUGCAAGAAGCUACAGUACAGAGAGUUACGGUGCCUCCCAAACCAGGCCAGUUUCAGCUAGGCCUACUAUGGCAGCUCUUUUGGAAAAAAUACCAUCUGACUAUAACUUGGGUAACUAUGGUGACAAGCCAUCAGAUAACAGUGAUAUAAAGACGAGGCCCACUCCUGUCAAGGGAGAGGAGAGCUGUGGUAAAAUGCCUGCAGACUGGAGACAACAGCUGCUUAGACAUAUAGAAGCUAGAAGGUUAGACAGGAAUGCUGCUUACAAACACAACACAGUUAACCUUGGCAUGCUGCCCUAUGGAGGUAUUUCAGCAAUGCAUGCAGGCAGAAGCAUGACUUUAAACUUGCAGACUAAGUCUAAAUUUGAUCUACAAGAACUACCUCUUCAGAAAACCCCGUCCCAGCAAAGCAACAUUUUAGACAAUGGACAAGAAGAUGUAUCUCCUAGUGGCCAAUGGAAUCCUUAUCCUCUUGGGAGGCGGGAUGUACCUCCGGACACCAUUACUAAAAAGGCAGGCAGCCACAUCCAGACCUUGAUGGGCUCCCAAAGCCUUCAGCAUCGUAGUCGGGAGCAGCAGCCAUACGAGGGAAACAUUAACAAAGUGACCAUCCAGCAAUUUCAGUCACCAUUGCCUAUUCAGAUCCCCUCUUCACAGGCCACUCGGGGACCUCAGCCUGGACGGUGCUUAAUUCAAACUAAAGGGCAAAGGAGUAUGGAUGGAUAUCCAGAGCAGUUUUGUGUAAGAAUAGAAAAGAAUCCUGGCCUUGGAUUUAGUAUCAGUGGUGGAAUUAGUGGACAAGGAAAUCCAUUUAAACCUUCUGACAAGGGUAUCUUUGUUACUAGGGUUCAACCUGAUGGACCAGCCUCCAACCUGCUACAGCCUGGUGAUAAAAUCCUUCAGGCCAAUGGACAUAGUUUUGUACAUAUGGAACACGAAAAAGCUGUAUUACUACUGAAGAGUUUCCAGAACACAGUAGACCUAGUUAUUCAACGUGAGCUUACUGUCUAA